AUGAGGAACAUGAUGUUGAUUUUGGCCACAGUUUUCCUCUUGGUACCUGCAGCGUGGAGCCUGGAGCCAGGAACUAAUCAAAGCACCACUGUGACCUCCAGCACUGAUGUAAUCACAAAUCGAACGUUCAAGUCAGGCAGUGAUGUGAACCUGAGCUGCAGUGACAAGACGUGGAACGAGGCGCUCUAUGUGAUUUGGAACUUGACGCUGAGAGACAAAAUAUGUCAGAUCUCCCUCAGUACCGGAGAGGAGGUUAAAGACUCCUGCAAUGAUCGCAUGACUCUCAGGAACACGUCCACGGCUCAGUCGUACCUGCACAUCCAAAAGUUCUCCGCCGCUGACGUGGGGGUCUACAACUGUGAAUUUGUUUACAGCGGGGGGAGGAAGGACUGUAAGAUCAACGUGGCCAUCACAGUUGCUCCCCGUGUGUCAGCCUGGUUAGAGCGUGGGGACAAGAUGGUGGCAGUGUGCAAAGCUGAAGGAGGAAGACCCGCCGCUAACAUCAGCUGGACUCACGGCAGAGCCUCGUCUGAGGAGACUCUUGAUCACUCAGAUGGAUCGAUCACAUUGGAAAGUCGUCUGGAGCUGGACGAGGGCACGGACACAGAGAACCUGACCUGUUCUGUCAGGCACCCAGCCUGGGAACAGGAGAAGACUCUGGUGGUAAAACUCAGAAAAGUUUAUUUUCCUUGGUGGCACAUUCUUACUGGUGUGGUAGUCAGUGUGCUUUUACUGGGAUUGGCCAUAUUUGCAGGAAAGAAAAUCCUAAUGUUGAGGCGAUGCCACCAGCGUGACUCAUCAGCAUCCAAAUCUCCCAAGAUAGAGGAAGUGGAGGAUGUGGAGCCUUAUGCCAGCUAUGUUCAACGUGAGAACUCUAUCUAUAACUGAGCUGCACACUCGUUCACAUCCUGCACAUGCGUCAGACACUUCAAUGCACGUGGCUCUUUUUGAGGGACUGAAGGAUGAGAAAAUGAGAGGAGGACGAGAAGUUGAUGGAAGGAGGAUUUAGUCUUUCGAGCAGAGAGCAGAGCCUCUCAGCUCCGUUCUGACUCACACUCGACGGAUGGAACAGGGGAUGCACCUCAUGUUUUGCCCACUUCUCUGUGUGUGGGCCUCAUGGAGAAUACUAUUAAUAACUUUUAACUAAACUCUUCAGUCGGAUGUGACAGACUACAGAACUACACUCUCUUGGUUUUGCUGAUGAAAUACAGCAGCUGUAAUUAGAUGUUAAUUUAAAUAAUAAUUUGUAGAUUAACAGAGAGACAUUUUUAAGUAGAGGACACAUGUUGUUCAGUGAAACAACUACAUCAAGACAAUGUGGGAACUAUUCAUGUGUCAAUGUAUAAUUAUGCAAAUGCAUGUAUACUAAGAAGUAACACAACUACAAAACUAUUCAGAACAAGUUAACAAGUACAAGUUGUGCUUGUUUUGUCGGUAUACAUUUUCACGUUACAGUGGUGGUGCUGUGUUUAAAGUUAGAGUUGCACAUAAAGUGUGAAAAGCAGUCCACACCUUUCAAAGUGGCUAUUUUGAGAUAGUAGCCGAAGUCAUUCAUUUGAGUUGGUAAGUCAUUAUUUUGAGAAAGUUUCUCAUUACUUUGACUUACAAGAUGAAACAUGCUUCCAUAUCCUCGUGUCAUUUUUGCACGUCCUCUAAAGAUAAGGAUUAUAGGGCCUGAGGGGGAAAUCAGAAAAGGGAACUCUUCUGCCACCUACUGUGGAGAUCAGAACAUGAACACAACACAGUCAUGUUCUCACACUGUAUCACAGUCCUUACUAGGAUGGUCUAAAUAACAUUACAUUAAAUUAUAUAAAUAAUGCUGAUA